CUUGUGCUAUGGCUGUCGAGCAAGAAUCAAAUAAGGCGAACGGGUACCUAAUUGACAAGUGGGGAAAAUUAUUUGAUAUUGAUGAUAUCAGUCAUGAUGGAAUUCUUUCAUUGGAAGACCCCAAAGCAUUUCUGGAACAGUAUAAAGCUCGCGAUGAUCUGACCGAUAAGCAAAAAAAGAAGAUCAUAAAAGAAAUGAAUAGACUAUGGAAGGUCUUCUUUUUCACAAACAAGCAAGAACUCUCUAAAGAUGACUUUAUAAAAAUGAUGAAAAAAAGAUAUGAGUCCAGUACAACUACAUUUAUUGAGAUGGUGCGUGUGUUUGCAACGGAUUGGUGCAAAUUGUUAGACUUGGAUGGAGACACAUUUCUUUCAAAAAAUGAAUUCAUUAUGAACUUAGUUGCUGGAAAGCACAAGAAUACACACAUAGACGAGCAUUUUUUCUACAUGUAUAAGCCCGUUAAUGAUCGUUUUCCCGUUGACGAUUUCAUCGAGUCUGUUGUUCUCUUUGCAACUGAACCCGAUAGGUCAAAACCGGACACUCUCUUAAAUGGAAUAUCGGAGUUUGAAUAAUAAUUAUUUUUAAAAAGAUUGAUGAAAUUUGGUUUUGAAAAAAGAGAUAAUAAAUUUUUUUCGCAUAUCAAAAUAUCGUUUAAUCUUAUUGAAUAAAAAUAAUUUAAUAUGUAAAUUAGAUGAAAACUAUUUAUAAAGUCCUAUUGUUUUUAGAAAAAAGGAAGAUAUUUUAGUGGUAUUAAAUGACCGAUAUGAAAUUUCUCGUCAUAUGAUCAGAAUUGGGACAAAAUACUAAAUGGCGCAAAUGACACAAUCAUACUUAAUUAUCAUAUUGUAACUUUCUCGAAACGAACCUGAAAACGUAAACCAUUUGUACCAUUCCGUGAUACAAUGGUGGCGAUGUUUUAUUACGAAAUAAUCUGAUACGCACGUAUGUUUCUGUCCUUGUGCCAAAUCAUAUAAGGAAACUUAAGUCUUGGUUUUUUAU